AUGGCAGCUUAUGCAGCUGUGCUUUCACUUAGGCAUACCAUCGAACGCUUACAGAACCAUCCUCACCCUCCAAUCUCUCUCCACAUAUCACAAAUUCAAUCUCUUACCCAAAUCCUCACUCUGUUCCAAGACUUUCUCGAAAAUUAUUCCUUAAAUUCGGAUGGACUCGAGAGCCUCAUAGCCGAUGCAGCUCACGAAGCAGAGGAUGUAAUAGAAUCUCAUGUAGUCGAUCGAAUUCAAGCUCGAUCGCUAAAUCCCAGUUCCAGCUAUGACGAAUCGCUGUUUCAAGGCCUACAGAGAGUCACAGAAAGUAUGAAUUUCAUCGCCAAAGAUGUGAAGGAGACGAUGAAACAAAAGGCGGAAAUCCGAAAAGAUCGGCCUCGCUUGAACCCACAUCCACCGUCGCCGCAGACCGGUUCCUCAAGAUCCCCUCCAAUGGUGGGUUUCGAUGACGUCAUGGUUGACGUCAUGGAUAAGCUCACCUGUCACUCGACGGACCGCCGCCGGGUCAUCACAAUCACCGGAAUGGGCGGCAUGGGUAAGACAACUCUCGCCCGGAAUGUCUUCACAAACCCGCUCGUCGAGCAGCAUUUCGAUAUUCUUUCUUGGGCAACUAUUUCUCAGGAGUAUUGCUUGAAAGAAAUUCUCUUGGAAUUUCUCGUUUGCAGCGUGAAUCACCAGGUGGGCAAGGAACAUUUUAAUGGAAAAAGCGAAGAUGAAUUACCCUUACUGUUACAUAAAGCGUUAUCUGGCCGGAGGUAUUUGGUAGUGAUGGACGAUGUAUGGAGUCUCGACACAUGGGACGAGAUGAAGUUCUUCUUUCCGGAGAAUAACAAUGGGAGUCGAGUGAUGGUGACGACUAGGCUCUCGAAUGUGGCUUUUCAGUUGAGUGACGAUUCUUCUCAUUGCAUUAAGAUGAGUUUUCUUGAUAAAGAUCAAAGUUGGAAUCUACUUUCGAAAACCGUAUUCGGAGAAGAAGAAAUUCGCCCCGGUGGUUUCGAAUUGGAAGAAAUCGGAAAAAAAAUCGCCGAAAACUGCAGAGGCCUUCCUCUGUCGAUUGUCGUGAUCGGUGGACUUCUGGCGAAGUCAGAACGAAAAGGGGAAUAUUGGCUACACGUUGCGGAAAAUUUGAACUCGACCGUGAAUUUUGAAGACAACGAAAGUUGCUUUAAAAUACUUCACAUGAGUUAUCGCCACUUGCCGAUUCAUCUGAAGCCGUGUUUUCUCUACACGGGAGUUUUUCAAGAAGACGCUAAAAUCCGCGUCUCCUCACUCAUCAAGUUUUGGGUUUCAGAAGGAUUUGUAAAAGUAAAAUCAAUCGGUAGUGAAAGCUCGGAGAUAAUCGCCCUACAUUACCUAAAAGAACUUACGGAUCGAAACCUUAUUUCAGUUCACGAGCGCGGGCCCGCUGGGAAUAUCAAAAUCUGCACGUGUCACGAUCUCUUGAGGGACCUAUGCGUAAAAGAAGCUCGAAAACAGAAGCUUCUGAACUUCAUAAAUUUAGAUGACACCUCAGCAGACACGAGUAACAACCGCCGCAUAUGUUUUGCUAAAAGCAUACCAAGAUGCAGCUUUUCCACUUAUGAUUUGCCGAAGCCAAAAAUUCCGAACACUGAAGCCGAAGCUUUGCUGUCAUCUCCACACGUUCGUUCGUUGAUAUGCGAUUCGUUAUUGCUCGUAUCGUCCGUUAGUUCUAAACUGUUGAGGGUAAUCAAAGCGGACGAUCGUUUGUCGUUACCAUUUUACGAUUCGCCAAAAGAUAUUUUCGGUUUAGUCAACUUGAGGCUUCUUGAUGUUAGAGUCAACUGGCACGAAAUUACCGAUAAUUAUCUCUCUUCGCUCCACCUGUUAUGGAAUCUGCAGACACUUAUUGUUGAAGGCCCUAAUGUUACUCUCCCGAACGAGUUUUGGAAGAUGACCCAACUCAGGCACGUGAAGUUCCGUAGGCUCGAGCUUCUGGAACCUUCCGGAACUGAUCUCGUUGUUCUGGGCCAUCUGCAGACGCUCAAGACUGUGUGCAAUUUGAAGUUUAGUGAGGAAGUUGUGAAGAGGAUACCAAAUAUCAAGAAACUCAAGCUUAAUAAUAAUAAUAAUGGCAAUGAAUUGUGCCUGGAGAAUAUCGGGUGUUUGCAUAAGCUCGAAUCCCUUUACUGUGUUUAUGCUCGGGAAAUCGAGUUCCCAAGUCAACUCAAGAAGUUGACUUUGCAAGGGAAUGAGUUCUCUUGGGAAGAUGAGAUGAUGACGAGGAUAGGUUCUCUGCCGAAUCUUGAAGUGCUGAAGCUUAAAAGGGGUUCGUUCGUGGGGCCCGCGUGGGAAACUGUUGAAGGGCAUUUUUGCAGCCUUAAAUUCUUGCUGAUCGAGCAGUGUUUGGAUUUGGAAUGGUGGAAUACAGAGAGCAGUCAUUUUCCGAUGCUCGAGCGUGUUGUGCUGAGGUAUUUGGGUAAGCUGAAGGAGAUCCCUUUAGGAAUUGGAGAUAUAACGACACUUAAAUCGAUCGAGUUGGAAUAUUGUAGCGAUUUAGCUGUUAUCUCGGCUAAUGAGAUAUUAAGGGAGCAAGAGGAGAUGGGAAAUGAGGAUCUUCGAGUGAGGAUUCAGGUUCAGCCAUGGGAGAAGAGUAAUUAUUCAAGGUAA